AUGGUGAUCUUCAAGUCAAGACAGCCGCCCAUCGACUUGCCCACCGAGCUAACAGAUUGGGACUGGCUAUUCGAUUCCGCCUACUCACCCAUCAAAAAAUAUGCACCAAAUGAACUUGCUGGAUUUCAAAAUGCGAUUACAAAAGAACGUGUGAACUGGGCUGAUGUCAAGAAAUACUCGACGUACAUCUCUACGGCGCUUGUCAAGAAGUAUGGUCUUAAAGAGGGCGAAACGGUGGCGCUCUUCAGCCAGAACACUGUGUGGUACCCAGUAGCCAUGUUUGCGGGACUCCGUGUGGGAGCAAAGAUUAGCGGUGCUAGCCCGGCAUACAAUAUCGAGGAAAUGACUUUUGCGCUAAAGACUGCGGAUGCAAAAUUUCUUAUGACGACGCCAGGUAGUAUGGAAAUUGCUGCGGCGAGUGCAAAAGCUGCAGGUCUACCCCAAUCGAAUGUUUUCUUGCUAGAGGGCGAAUUGCCGGGAUAUACCACCGUUCAAGAUCUGAUCCAUAUGGGAGAGUCGUAUGGCGAGUCUGGGCAGACACCAUCUUUCAAACUACCGCCUGGUAAAAAGAACAAAGACGUCUGCGGGUUUCUGUCCUUCUCGUCAGGAACGACCGGAUUGCCAAAAGCUGUUAUGAUCAGCCAUCAGAAUGUCAUAGCGCAAUGUCUCCAAGUUCAGCAGAUUACGCCAACGAACCAAAAGAAGAUCAUGGCCGUACUGCCGCUUUUUCAUAUCACCGGACUGGUCCACCAGAUGCAUCUCCCUGUUCUUCUGAAUGCAGAGGUCGUCAUGCUCCCGCAGUUCACGAUGGAGAAGAUGCUCGAUGUCAUUGUUGAGUAUAAGCUGAACGAGCUGCUGCUAGUUCCACCGAUUCUCAUCAGACUAGUGCGCGAUCCUUUGGUCGACAAGUACGACCUUAGCCAUGUCACACGCUUUUCUUCUGGUGCAGCUCCACUGUCAGAAGAGAUCAUCCAGCAGCUCCAAAAGAAGUUUCCCAAGACAGGCUUUAAGCAAGGAUAUGGCAUGACGGAAUCGUGUUCUUGCAUCACUGCGCAUCCACCGGAGAAGUUCUCAUACAAGUACGCGCACUCAGGUGGUGCAAUCGUAGCCUCCACCGAGGUCAAGAUUAUCAAAGACGAUGGUACUGAGGGCGAUGUUGGCGAAGAUGGUGAAGUACUGGCUCGCGGUCCGCAAGUCGUAAUGGGCUAUCUCAAUAACGAGAAGGCUACUCGCGACACUUUCGAUGCCGAUGGUUUCCUCCAUACCGGUGACCGGGGCGCUAUCGACGAAGAGGGAAUGAUCCACAUCUCCGAUCGUAUCAAAGAACUCAUCAAAGUAAAGGGCAUUGGCGUCGCGCCGGCUGAGCUCGAAGAUUUGCUUCUAGGCCACCCGAAGGUCGAAGAUGUUGCAGUGAUGAGCGUGAAGGACGAUUACUCUGGUGAGCUUCCGAAGGCUUAUGUUGUCUUGAAGCCAGGAACGGAGGAGAGUACAGCUAUAGGAAAGGAAAUCAUUGAGUAUGUCAAGGAGAAGAAGGUGAGGUACAAAUGGGUAAAGGAAGUGGAGUUCAUCAGCGAGAUACCGAAGAGUCCUUCUGGUAAGAUACUAAGAAGAAUUCUAAGGGAUAAGGAGAAGAGUGGAAAAUUUGGGCUUGUUGUUAAGGAUGAGGCUAGGGCGAGGCUAUAG